CAAAGCUCUAUUCUAUUUUGUUCUUUUCAUUAUUUUUCUAUUUUUUUUUUUUUUUAUUGACUAAUUAGACAAUUAUGAACGUUAGGACUAUAUUGAAUCGUAUGUCAGUUGUUGGUAUAUGUAGUUCCGUAAAUUAACACGGUUUAAGUUACAUCAGAACUUUAAGAAAUCCACAAGUUUUUCAUUUCUUGAUACACUUUGAAGUAAAAUGGAAGCAACAAUAGGUUGAUUUUCACACCUUACACAUCACGUGGAUAUAUUUUGACAAGCUGUGAUAUCGACAGAAUCAGGUGUAAAAACAGUACAGGUAAGUUGACGGGACUGAAAAAUCUCAUCGAGCUAAACAAAAUAUCGAGCUAAUCAUAUCGAGGUAAUGAUAAAUAAUUACAUUAAAAUAUAUAGGGGAAAAUCGGGACCGACUAAAACACAUCGUGCUAACCGGAGUAUCGAGCUAACCGAUAUCGAGGUAACGAUAUUCAACUGUAGUUGUUCAAUUAAAGAAACAUUCUGUAUUUUGAAAAUAUUUCAAGCUAGCAUGGCAGACCUACAAAGAGAGCUGGCAAAGUUGACUGAACAAAUAGCAAACUUGUCACAGAAGAUGGAACUACUAAAAGAACAAUUACAGAAUGAACAAUAUAACCAUAGCCAAACUCAGGCAGAAAGGAAAGCAUGUCGGAAAGAACUUGGUUGUAAACAGAAAGAAUUAGCCAUGAAAAAGGAACAACUGAAAAAAUUACAGAAGGAACAAGAGGAUGCACAGUCAGGCACUUCCUCAGGGUCAAGGGGAGAAGACAAAAAGAAAAGUCGAUUAAACAGACUGCAGGAACUCCUGCUCUGUAUGAAUAAAGCAAGAAAGAUGAACUAUCAGGAAUUUGUAGGAGAUAGAACAAAGAAACCUCCUGCAAACUUUGAACAAAGAAGGAAAUGUGUAGAAAGGGAAGAACAAGAAGAGAAAAAGAGAAAAGAAGCUAAAGCAAAGGGUGAGGACUAUGAGACUGGAGACGAUGAUGCAGAAAAAUGGGAGAGUAAGAAGAAGAAAAAGAAUCCUGAUCCUGGAUUUUCAGGUAGUUCUCAUUCUGUUGAUUACAUAGUACAUAUAUGACUGUUGUUUAACAGAAUCAGUCUUUGUGAGAGAGCCUUCCUUUUGGAGCUGUUAAGUUGGCUGACUUAUAUA